AUGGUGACUUGUGAAGAGCCUUACGCACCACGAGGUCGCCUCCAAAUAUUCAAUGGCCGCAAACCCUCGUUCAUCUUCACCGCUCUCAUCCGCAAGGCCUUUACCCCUUUCACUAGCAAAACCCCAUUAUCCUCGUUUCGACUACCGGCGGACGAAGCCAUUUCCAAUACGCCGAUUCCCAACGUUCCCAUGUAUGAAGAAUCGUUCAGAGACGAAGUUAAUGUGUACACCGCCCUUCCGGGUUCCACCAUCCCCCUGCUCUACGCUUCGGGUCGAGUUGUUUCUAGCCACGGUCAAGGUCGCGCCAUAUCUCCCGGGGUGCUUCUCAUGGAGUACAUUCCAAUCGAGAUAUUUGAAAACCUUCCGGAUCCUCAUUCCGUUCCUCAUUUUGCGUACUACGAGCUAGUCGAGGCCGUAAGCUCCCUCGGGUCAUAUCGCGUUAGCCAAAAUGCGACCAGACAACUUCCUCGUUCCUCUUCCAACAACGGUCCUAGACGUGUGCUCCUCAUCGACUUCGGACUAUGUAUCCUUCCCUUCCCUGAUGAGCCUGACGACAAGUGGCAAGAGGUCGUCAUGUGCGAAAAUGAUGAGUUGGAACUUCAGCGCUAUAUGCUCAAGCUAGGCAUUGAGCGCGAUGAGUGGCGCCCGGACGCAGUCGAUGUUCUCUAUGGGCCCGAAAUGCAUAAGCUCAGGAGAAAGUGA